AACUAAAAAUUGUCUAAUACCUACACAACAAAAAUGGCAGCCACCAUAGCAAGUGGAUUAACAAUUAUUAUUUCAUUCACGGUUCUUAUAAAUGUUAUAGCUGCCGACAACUGCAUAAUAGGGAACUUUAAUUUAACACUUCUAGAACAAUUUAGCCCAUGGAAAACAGUUGACAGUUUAAAUGGCACAAUCUAUGAGAUUAACCUGUGCAGCAAACUGAAGAGCACCAACUGUCCAGAUGGGACUGCUGUCUGUGCACAAUCCAAAAAUUCUACCAUAUCAGUUAGUUAUGGAAACUAUUCUUCAGCACCAUCCAAUGAAAAGACACCAUUUGGUACAGAUGGAGAACUCUUGCUUACAUUUAAAGGACAACCUUGUGGUUCUGACAAAUAUUAUUCCACAAUUUUUUACUUCAAGUGUGGGAAAACCUUGGGCUAUCCAAAGUACCAGGGAGAAAAUGAGAUCUGCACUGUACAAUUUGAGUGGGAGUCCUAUUUAUUCUGUCAAAAACUUCCCACCCCUGAUAAGGAAGUUCCUUGUGCUGUUGUUAAAGAUGGAAGUCUUAUUGACCUGACACCUUUGAUCAAACUGACGGGAGGCUAUUCAGUCGAUUCAGAGAAUGACCAAACCCAAAUUUUGAUAAAUGUUUGCAGAGACAUCACAAUUGAUGCAACAGUAACUGACGAUACUAAAGACUGUGUCAAAGGGUCAUCAGCAUGCAAAGUUGUAAAUAAAUCAGUGAGUGACAAUGGGCGUCCAAAGACUGGACUACAAGCCACAAGUGAAGGAGUGAGACUUGUCUACACCUCCACCAUCAGGCCUCCAAGUUGUAUUAUGGAUCCAUCUACUACUAUUAAUUUCUAUUGCCCAAAACGAGGAGGUGUAAGUAACUUUCAGAAUUUUCUGGGAAUUAAAGUCAGGUAAAAUAAACUUAAAGGAUGCUUUAGAAACUGGUGGGAGGCAACUGUGCAUAGGGUUUUCAUUGAAAUUCACUUGCUCGCCAAUACACAUUAAGAUCAGGAACUCUUUAGAAAUAAGGUUAGAAAAAAAUUGGGAGGUUUGAAGCUCGAGGCGUGCAGUUCAGAG